CUGGGAGCCACUGGUCACUGGCACAAUAAACUACCACUCAUGGCAUAAGUAUGGGGUGCACAAUAAACUACUGCAAACAGGAUGAGUACGGGGUGCAUAAUGAACUUCGAAUCCCGACCGGGACAUAAAUGUUUGAGCUACUGGCUUUGGAUAUCUUAACAACUUGGGUGUUGCCAUAGGAGUUCAGUAAACAAUAUUACGCAAUACAGCACUUUAAAGGUAUAUUAUCCAAGAAAUCAUAUACAACCACCACCACCAUGGACAAGCCAGAUGAUAAGGUUACUGAACCAGAAGCAGCGACCAGUAACUCUACAGGACCACAGAACCUGAUUCUUAACACAAACAAGGCUGGAAUGGAAGGAUUAGACACUGGAAAGAUAAAUGAAAUCAUAAAGAAUGCAUCGGAGGGAUCACGUUUUUAUCAACACAAACAGAAAUGCCAACAGCAGCUUGAUGCAAAGAUAUCACAUUUGAGGCAAGCAGCUGCCUCUUUCACUGAAGAACAUAUAAAAAAGGCAACAUUACAGAUGGAUCAGUUAAUCAAGGAACUGGAACUAAACCGUGACCUCAGCCACACAAUUGUGCACGUGGAUAUGGACAUGUUUUAUGCUGCAGUGGAAAUGAGGGAUGACCCAGUGUUAAGGGAUAAGCCAAUGGCUGUAGGAGGGCUUGGGAUGCUUAGCACCAGCAACUAUGCAGCACGAAAGUUUGGUGUUCGUGCUGCAAUGCCAGGCUUCAUUGGCAAGAAACUUUGUCCUGAUUUAGUCAUUGUUCCACCGAAUUUCACAAAGUACAAGCAAGUUAGUAAAGAAAUUCAGGAAGUGUUUGCCGAGUACGAUGCCAACUACUCUCAAAUGUCUUUAGAUGAAGCAUACCUGGAUAUCACCAAAUUUAUACACGAAAAUGCUUCACGUUAUUGUGCAGGCACACUUGAAGAUUGUGAGCCUGGUAGCGUAUCCAAUGCUAUUGUACGUGAGAUAAGACAUAAAAUUCAGGCAAAGACUCAACUAACAGCAAGUGCAGGUAUUGCUCCCAAUACUCGUCUGGCAAAGAUCUGUAGUGACAUGAAUAAGCCCGACGGCCAGUAUUACUUGCCUCCAAAUCGACAGCUCAUCAUGAACUUUAUUUCAGCACUACCCAUUCGUAAAGUGUGUGGCAUUGGGAAUGUGACAGAGCAGCAGCUUCAGGCCCUGGGUAUAAAUGUUUGCUCACAUAUAAUGGAGAAACGUGGCCUGCUGAAGCUUCUUUUCUCUGACACCAGCUAUAACAGUUUCAUAAGAAUUGCCUUAGGCUUGGGCCAUACCACACUUGGCUCGUGGACAGAAAAAGACCGCAAAUCAAUAAGCACAGAGACUACUUUUCGAGACACCGCAGAUAAAAUUACACUUUUCAGACUAACCCAAGAGUUAUGUAAAGAAUUAGCUGAUGAUAUGGAGCAGAAAGACAUUGUAGGAAAAGUGUUUACCUUGAAGAUGAAAACGUCUGAUUUCCAAAUAAAAACUCGUGCUCAGACUUUAUCAGAAGCUACUCGUUCACUUGAUGUGAUGGUUUCUGCAGCGAGACGAAUUUUACAGCAUGAAAUGGAUACCUCCUUAGAACCUAUAUCUUUGCGUUUAUUGGGCGUACGCAUGUCUACACUGGUGAAUUCAUCAGAGAUGGGUUCAAGCCGUCAGACUACUCUCACACAAAUGUUUUCACAGUCUUUUAAACCAAAAAUUAAUUCUGUCAUAGAUUCAGAAGGAAAAAUGAUUGUUGAAAAUACAUGUAAGCUUGAUGUUGAAAACCAGUCUAACUUAAAAACUAUUUGUCAGUAUGAUGAUGAAUCAUCGUCAUUUAACACUACCAUUUCCAACACAGCAUUGCCCUCUCUGCAAGACACAAAUUUGAUUACAUCUGAAACAAAGAAAGUUUCUUCUCAUUCAACAAAGAACUGUUUGACUAUAGAUGGCUUUCUUGUUAAACCAGGAGAAACUUCAGGUUACCUAUCGACAGAAAAUCGUGAAUGCCCCGUAUGUGGGAAAUGCAUUCAAUUUACUAAUUUAAAAGGCUUUAUCAUGCAUGUUGAUAGUUGCUGUGAAUAUAAUACAACCAAAGGAUGUAACUUGGGAAAUGAUCUUAUUUCAGAAUUUAUUAUUGAUAAUGAUAAGCAUUUAAUAAGUAUAUCAAAAGAUCAAGACCAAGAUAAAACACAGGUCCUAUGUAAAACAUCACAAAGUGGCCCUACUGAUAUUCAGUACAGUGGCAACACAGAUGCCAAUAAUGAAUACUGUCACACUGAAAAGAAAAAAGACAUCAGGUAUUCUGAAAAUUUACAAUAUCCUUCAGUGAACGAAAUCACUAGAAAAGUAAACACAAGUAUGCCAGAGGACCCAGAUAAUGUAUUUUUGUGUCCAGUGUGUGAGAAAAAACAUUACAAGACAUUAGAGUCAUUGAAUGAGCAUGUGGACGAGUGCCUCAGUAGUAAUGCUAUUGGUGAAAUGUUGCAGCAAGAUACGGUGCAGGCCAAACAUUCUGGCAGUAGCCAAAUCCCUUCAAGACAUUUAGAUACAAGUUCACACAAGUCUUGUGAGCCAUUAAUUGGCAACAAGCGGAAAGGAAACAAUUCCAAUAAAGGGAAAAAGCAGCUGAGGUUAGGAAAUAAUACAUUGGAGAAAUAUUUUUGUUCCUAAAGAUCUUUAAUAUAAUAUAUUCUGUUUUAACAUGUUUGACCAAAUAUUUAAAUUGUUUACAUUGUUUUUAUAUGUCUAUGAAGCGCAAUGGACUCGGUGACCUUGCUAUUGUGAUGCCUGAGGAAUUAAAAAUAAAUUAUAUUUAUAAAUACUGUAUGUAUAUAUAUAUGUAUAAAUAUACAAAUUUCAAAA